UCAUCUCCCACUAUGGCCACUCGUGAGCUGUUGUCUGGUGUUGUCGUAUGCCGCCCACAGCACCUCGGGCGCACAGUAGGACCACGUCCCCUGAAUGUGUCAAAGAGGGGAGGGGUGAUGAGAGAAGACACAUACAGAUGGAUGGAUGGAUGGAUGAUGGUCGUACUGACCUGCAAGUCGUUCGCUCGCACGGUGUGCUCUCGCCCAUUGGCCUGGACCUUAUACCGCUUUAAGUGGCCGAAGUCGCAGAGCUGACCCAAAGGAACGCCACACGCACACCACAUCACCACAUCAACACACAUCGACAGAACCCACUCGUACGUCCACCGUAUCUUACCAGGUACGUUAAGGAAGCGUCGGAAUGCAAGAUGCAAAGCUCAAUGGUAUAAAAUGUAGGCACCGAUUGCCUGGAGACACAUCAAGAAACAAGACAGAUGGAAUGUGUGUGUGUACGUCCCCCUCACUCACUAGCUGUGCCUCUAGUGCAUUCCUCAUCUUCGCCGCCGCCCGCCUCUCUUGCCGCCGUGUCGCCCUCUCCUCCCGCUCCCUCUCGGCCCGCUCUCGCUGCUCCGCCUUCCAUUCGAUAGCCUCCUGCAGUCGGCGGUCCCUCCUCCUCGCCUUCCUGCGCUGCCUCUUCUCCCUCUCCUUCUCCCUCUUGGCAGCCGCUGGCUGGCGUGGCGGGUGUGCGAUGUGGAUGGCGGUGGCGGUGCGUGCGAAUGGACGGCUCUCCUGCACACAUAUAUAAACAACAGAGGUCAGGUGACUUUGGCGGUGUGCUUCUGUGUCCGUUUGUGGAUGCCUCACUCACCAUGUGGUGGAUGACAGUGUCGGUAUCGCUGAGCGUGUCAGCAGCCGACUCAAACACCUGCACACAGCCAACAGACACUUUAAAUGACAUCCCUGCCGAUAUGUGUGUGCUGGGCGUUUCUCUCCCUCACCAGGUGCCAAGAGACACACGGAGACCUGGAAGAUUCCGGCCAUCCAAGAAUCCCUGGCGAUGACCUCGAAUGUCGCUCGAAAGGAGGGCUGCUUAUGGAGCACCUUGUCGAGGAGCUCGUAGAUGUCGUCCUUCUCGUCGCUGGAGAGGUGGGUGGCCCGCUGGUCGGCGUAAUCCUCGUAACUGCCCUGUGCAAUGGUCUGCAAACAAGCAGCACACAAGUGGCCUGCAAUUAUUGUGUUCCCGAAUCUCCCUCUUUGCGUGUCGUUUAAAUUCGGUGCGCCCACUUACGUAAUGCUUGCCUUCCAGUUCCCCGAAUGGGAAGGUGCCGAAGAGCAUGACGAAUAGGGUGGCGCCGAGGGAGAAUAUGUCGCUCGGGGGGAGCUCGUAAGAGAUGUAAUUCUCCUGGCCAGCCAAGCGACACACACGCGAUAUAACAUGCCCUCUGGGUGUUCGGUGUUUGUUGGUUUACAGGCGCGGUGAUGGAGUUGCUGUUUUCGUGCGCCGCCCACAGCACCUCGGGCGCACAAUAGGACCACGUCCCCUGAAUGUGUCAAAGAGGAAAGGGGUGAUGAGAGAAGACACAUACAGAUGGAUGGAUGGAUGGAUGAUGGUCGUACUGACCUGCAAGUCGUUCGCUCGCACGGUGUGCUCUCGCCCAUUGGCCUGGACCUUAUACCGCUUUAAGUGGCCGAAGUCGCAGAGCUGACCCAAAGGAACGCCACACGCACACCACAUCACCACAUCAACACACAUCGACAGAACCCAUGCCCCCUGUGCUGUGCUGUGCUGUGUGUGUGUGUGGUGGGUGAGCAGCCAUCUUACCUUCAGUGUCAGCUGGUGGGGGCUGCUGGCCGCUGCGCUGGGGAGGCUGGAGGAGGAUGACGCCGACGGGCUGGCCUGGGGGGUCUUCUGCCGCUGCUGCUCACCCGCAGUGGCGCUGUCUGACGCCUCGCGAAACAGCAGGCAGUUCUCGGGCUUGAUGUCUGACAGACAGAGACACACAUACAUAUCGAUGGAUGGAUGGAUGGAUGGAUGAGGGAAGAGGGGUGAGGGGUGAAGGUACUUACCUCUGUGUGCCACGCCGUGAAUGCAUUGUGUUGUGUUCUGUCUUACCUCUGUGUGCCACGCCGUGAAUGCAUUGUGUUGUGUUCUGUUGUGUUGUGUUCGUGUGGUGUGUACCCAUACCUAGGACAGGGCGUGUUGGCUCUUGGCAGUAUCUUGAACCACUCGUUCGAAGAUACAU